CCCUGUGGUCCGUUCAGAGCUUUCGGUCUGUUGUCACGGCGGUUAGACAGAGAGACCCCUCCCAUCUCUGCUAAAAAGCCAGAACAAUCAGGACUGGCUGCAGUGCACGUCAGGGCGCGCCACGCCGUAACAUCUGUUGGGCCUUGGCACAUUCAGGCAUCAAUUUCUUCUUGGCCCACGGCGAUCCUCCCUCGACCUACAUCGGUCCCAGGGGUAGUCCUCGUGUGA